CCUGUUGAGGGGAAGCGUUGUCAGGGAGAACGAGGAGGCUGCGUGGUCAGGGUAUCUCUCUGGAGCAGAUCCUGUGGCCGCAGACCACAGAGGAAAAUCCCAGUUAUAUCAUCAGCUGUCUCAGCCAAGCCCCCCUGGCUUUUGUUGCCAUCCCUGCAGGCAAAGCGUGGGGCUCUCAUCUGCUGACAAAGGCAGCAGGGGAGCCAUGAGGAAGUUGUACGUGGUGGUGACCCUGGUGGGUGUGGCCAUAGUGCUCAUCCUCAUCAUCAGCCUAUGCCUUUGGCUGCCCUCAGCCUCCAAGUCAAACAACCAUGUCUAUCCCAGGGCAGCCGUGGCCACAGACGCCAAGCAUUGCUCGGAGAUUGGGAGGGAUGUGCUGGAGGACGGCGGCUCGGCUGUGGAUGCUGCUAUCGCAGCCCUGCUGUGCGUGGGACUCCUGAAUGUCCACAGCAUGGGCAUCGGGGGCGGCCUGUUCCUCACCAUCUACAACAGCACCACACGAAAAGUUGAGAUCAUCAAUGCCCGCGAGGUGGCCCCAGGGCUGGCCUCUGACAACAUGUUCAACAGCUCGGAGCAGUCACAGACAGGGGGGCUGUCGGUAGCGGUUCCUGGUGAGCUCCGUGGCUACCAGCUGGCCCACCAGCGGCACGGGCGGCUGCCCUGGGCCCGCCUCUUCCAGCCCAGCAUCCAGCUGGCCCUCCAGGGCUUCCCUGUGGGGAAGGGCUUGGCAGCAGCCCUGAAAAAGAACCAGGCCAUCAUCGAGCAGAAGACUGAGCUGUGUGAGGUGUUUUGCCACAACGGGAAGGUGCUGCAGGAGGGGGACAUAGUGACCAUGCCACGGCUGGCCGAAACGUACAAGACGCUGGCCUCGGAGGGAGCCCAGGCCUUCUACAAUGGGAGCCUCACAGCCCAGAUUGUCAAGGACAUCCAGGCAGCUGGGGGCAUUGUGACUGCCAAGGACCUGAACAACUACCGUGCGAACCUGAUAGAGAACCCCCUGAACAUCAGCCUUGGUGACAGCCAGCUCUACGUCCCCAGCGCCCCGCUCAGUGGGCCCGUGCUGGCUCUUAUCCUCAACAUCCUCAAGGGGUACAACUUCUCCCGGGCGAGUGUGGAGACACCCGAGCAGAAGGGUCUGACCUACCACCGCAUCGUGGAGGCCUUCCGGUUUGCCUAUGCCAAGAGGACCCUGCUUGGGGACCCCAAAUUUGUCAGUGUGAUGGAGGUGGUCCGCAACAUGAGCUCCGAGUUCUUUGCUGCUCAGCUCCGGGCCCGGAUCUCUGACAACACCACUCACCCGACCUCCUACUAUGAGCCUGAGUUCUACACGCCUGAUGACGGUGGCACUGCCCACCUGUCCGUGGUCGCAGAGGAUGGCAGCGCUGUAUCGGCCACCAGCACCAUCAACCUCUACUUUGGUUCCAAGGUACGAUCAAAUGUCAGCGGGAUCUUAUUCAAUGAUGAGAUGGAUGACUUCAGCUCCCCCAACAUCACCAACCAGUUUGGGGUGCCCCCCUCGCCAGCCAACUUCAUCAAACCAGGAAAGCAGCCGCUCUCGUCCAUGUGUCCGGCAAUCAUCGUGGGCCAGGAUGGCCGGGUCCGCAUGGUGGUGGGUGCCUCCGGGGGCACACAAAUCACCACGGCCACUGCGCUGGCCAUCAUCCAUAACCUAUGGUUUGGCUACGAUGUGAAACGGGCAGUAGAGGAACCCAGACUUCAUAACCAGCUUCUGCCCAACACCACGACGCUGGAGAAAGACAUUGACGAGGCAGUGACUGAGGCCCUGAAGAUGCGGCACCACAACACUGAGCUCACGUCCAACUUCAUCGCUGUGGUGCAGGCCAUUGUCCACACGGCUGGUGGCUGGGCAGCUGCCUCAGACUCCAGGAAAGGCGGGGAGCCUGCUGGCUACUGAGUGCUCAGGGCAGGCAAACCUAGGGAUGAGAUGCCUGCUGGGGGCAGAGUGGAACUUUGAGGGAUUUGCUUCCUCUGUGAGUGACAUAGCAGUGCAAUAAAUGGGGGUCGCAGCGUGAGGCUCUGGGCAGCCUCGCUGGCCCGGCUCCCAGAUCCCUGGA